UGUUGUUUGGUCGCAGUCGAUACGUUUACGAGUUUAGCGGAACUUGGAUGACCUAAAUAGAGGCGGCAAAACAAGUUUAUUUUGAAGAGCGGUUGGUUCAGACUGAACAGCCUUCGUCUUACACACACAGUGUCCCCAGUGUACAGCAGUCUCUAAGUGCAAUGCUAAUUAUUGUAACCGGUUAUUUUCUUGCCCGGUGCGGGAUUCGAUACAGGGUGUACUGCACCACAAGGCGACAUCACUAACCGCUCGGCUAAAGGGUCAGACCUGUAAGCCAGGGACUAACGUGCGUUAUUACUAGUCUACACUAUUAUGGAAGAUGGUUUACAUGUUGGUUUUCACCUGACAAGCAAUUCGUUCCUGACGCCAACGUUUUCUUCCGCAGUCCUUAUGCCCUCCUUGCCAGAGGACCAUCAUUUAAUGGCUGAACCGGAGGUCAGGAUCUUCGAGCAGCCCAGACAGCGGGGCAUGCGCUUCAGGUACAAAUGUGAGGGUCGCUCUGCUGGCAGCAUCCCGGGGGAGAAGAGCUCCGACAACAACAGGAGCUACCCCAGUCUUCAGAUCCUGAACUACGUUGGCAAGGGAAGGGUGCGUGUUUCCUUGGUGACCAAAAACGAGCCCUACCGACCGCACCCGCACGACCUGGUCGGGAAGGACUGCAAAGAUGGCUACUACGAGGCCGAGUUCGGUCCAGCCCGUCGGGUCAUCGCUUUCCAGAAUCUGGGCAUCCAGUGUGUGAGGAGAAGGGAGGUGAAAGAUGCCAUCCUGCAGAGGAUAACCAGAGGCAUCAACCCCUUUAAUGUUCCCCGGGAGCAGCUGUUGCAGACGGAGGAGUACGACUUGAACGUGGUGCGUCUGUGUAUCCAGGUGUUUCUUCAGGAUGAGAAUGGCCACUACAGCCACGCCCUCCAGCCCCUCGUCACCAAUCCCAUCUACGACAACAGAGCCCCUAACACAGCCGAGCUGAGGAUCUGUCGGGUUAACAGAAACUGUGGUAGCGUCAAGGGCGGGGACGAGAUCUUCCUGCUGUGUGACAAAGUACAGAAAGAUGACAUAGAGGUGCGUUUCUUCUCGUCCGACGGUUGGGAGGCCAAGGGCUCCUUCUCCCAGGCUGACGUCCAUCGGCAGGUGGCCAUCGUCUUCAAGACGCCGCCCUACUGCAACGGCUCCAUAACCUCUUCUGUUGUCGUGCGCAUGCAGCUGCGCCGCCCCACUGACCAGGAAGUGAGCGAAGCAAUGGACUUCCGUUACCUGCCCAACGACAAAGAUCCUUACGGCUACAAUGAGAAAAAGCGGAGAAGGGAGCAUUUGAUGAAGAUAUCGGCCUUGUCCAGUAAAAUUCACACUGGUCCGUUUGCCAGUCUGGUGACCAACAGGCCAAAGGCGAUGCUGCAGAAUACCAUGAUGCCCCACCACAUGAAACACGAACCCAGCAACAUGUAUAUGAAACAACACCCCUCGUCUACAGUGCACCAACAACCUGCUGUCUUCAACUCCACGUACCAGCCAAACCCGCAGCGCUCCAUGAUGUCCUCACAAGUUAAUUUGCCAGUCAACCAUUCUUGGGCAAACCCUAACUCAACACCCUCCAUGGCUUCCAUCAAGACGAACCCCUCCAGUGCCAUUGGUAAUUUAGGGCACUCUGGCAGCAGUAGGCAACAGCAGCCAAACCCUGGGUCUGGGUACCUUCAUGGGGUGGAGUCUAGCAGCUGUAACACCAGUGGUGGUAACACCCUACCCCAGCUCUCUAUGACAGACUUACAGUUCUUGGAUCAGGAGACCCAGGGCUCCAUGAUGAGCCAGGCUCGACCCGAGUCCCAACCCUUCUUUCAUCACCACCACCACCACAGGGAUGAACCACCUUCUGAGCACCAGGUCCAGAGAAACCAAAGUGGCCAGAACCAACCGACUCAAAAUAUGUGGCCCGGUUUCAGUUCUGUCAAUCCAGCCCAGUGCACCUUGAACGAGGUUGGACCUGGAGCAAGAGAAGGCACCUUGGGUCUUGGCUCUUUCCCCCUCUUAGAGGGAAUUGAAGGAGAUGAUUUUCUCAAGAACCUGGUGGGUGGAGGGUCCCAGAUGGGCUCUCAGAUGAAGCCGGAGCCCUUAAUCUCUGUAGGAGUAAUGAGUCACGAUCCACUCAUGCAGUCCCCAAUGGAAAGCCAAGGUGGCACUUACACCAACUUGCUGCCCCGGCCCAUGAAGCGUAACACCAACAUGGACUCCAUGGGGCUUGCUACUGGUCAUAACGGCAAUAAAAAUGUGCAGAACCCCUUCCCUAACAAUGGCAUGCCCCAUGAAUGCGAUUUUCCAACUCUGGCUGAUUGGGUCAGGGGAAGCGGGUUCAGUAACCUCAAGCAGUGACCCGGGGUCUCAUUUAUAAAACGGUGUGUAGGAUCCUUACUAAACGUGUACGUGCGCACAAAAGCUGAAAAAUGGUGUGUGCCAAAAAAAAAAAAAAAUCGGGCUUAAAUGUGUGAGAGGCAUCAUUACACAAUCUGGCUUCAAUUCACCAGCUGACCAACUGUACAGGUGCGCACAUUCUCCCGUUCUCCCGUCGAGUUUGUUUUUAUAGAUUACAAAUCUUGCGUGGGAAGUGGUGUACACCUCUUUCAGGCUCCGUUUUGUGCGUCUGCAACGGCUGUGAGACCCCUGGCCAGUUUUUUUUGGGGGGGGGGGGGGUUCUGGUUUUUUUUGGUACCAAGAGAUGCUAUGAAAUAGUGGGACUCAUGAACGGACCAGAGCCCUAGAAAGAGAGAGUCACGUCAAUGAGGGGUCAGAACGCGAGUUCCAAACGAAGCUUGGCGGGGCAUUUAAAUGAACUGCUUAGCCGCGAUUUCUGGUAACUACCAACCAAUGUUUUCAGAUUUUUACAUUUAUAUAUAGAUAUAGAUAUAUUCCAACGUGACACAUAUUCUAUGCGCACUGUUUGGAACUAUCCGGGGCUCCCACGAUCCGCCAUUGCUGUUAGAUAAUUGGCCCAUUGACGUCUACGGAGUUGACGUAACUCUCUCUUUCUAGGGCUCUGGAACGAACGGACCAUGUGUGAAGCAGCGCUUGGAUCUUAUCAGAAGGUGUUUUCCAAGCCAGAGUUGGCUCUUUUUCACUCAUGUGUUUGAAUGUACUACUUGUUUGGGCUCUCUCAGGUCAGAUCAGGUUCACCCUGCAUACAAUAACCAAAGACUUGUUUGCUUUUUUUUUUUUUUUUUUUAAGCGUCAAUUUUCUAAGGGGAGGGUGUGUGUGGAUACCGAUGGUAAAUAAUUUGCUUAACAUGGGCUGCCAGCCUAUUAGCAUAACAAGCAAUUUUUUUUUUUAAAAUGGGCUACCUUUUUUUACCGCUAUAUUUUACACGUAGUGUAACUGUGUAACACAUAGUGUAGCUGUGACACUGUGAUAGCAGGUGUGGUAAAACGUCGAGGCGUCUGCUGCCGUGUGUGCUCUGUACAUAACAUGUUAGCCGUAGUUGAGAGUGAUCGUGCGAUGCUCUCAAGAAUGGCAAGGUAUUGAAGUUUCCGUUGAGGAAGCGGGGGGAAGCACCAUCAGUGGCAGCACUGCGGUGUGUUUCCUCAGUAAUGACUAUGUCAUACCAGCAAUCACACGCGCUAUCCAGAGUCCUCAGAGUGCUGCGGAGCUCACCAGAUAGCUGAUAUCAACAAAUGCUUAAUUUACUUUGUUUCCCCCUUUGAAUUCACGCUGAGGGAAACCGCUACAGCUUCGGUGUCUUGCGCCAGGGCUUUCUGACAAGGACAGAAAGCUGUUAGCUGGACACAUACGGGCUGCUGCAAGAAAUAAAACCGUGACCUCCCGGUUACUGGAGAAUGUCAUUAAGUACUCGAUUCUAGCCUAGCUUAACCUAGCCUCCAUCCCUUAUCCGCAUGCCAUGUAUGAUUUCUAAAAGCGCGUGGGGAUGCUGGAGCCUUUCCCAGCAGCCAUUGGGCAGCGGGCGGGGAGACACCCUGGACAGGCCGCCAGACCAUCACAGGGCCCGCACACACACACACACACACACACACACACACACACAUUCACACCGAGGGACAGUUUAGUAAGGCCGAUUCACCUGACCUACAAACCGGAGCCCCCAGUUUCCAGAGCACCCACGCAGACACGGGGAGAACAUGUAAACUCCACACAGGACGACUACCCCAGGGCUCACACCCAAGACCUUCUUGCUGUGAGGCGACUGCACUAACCACUGUGCCACACACACACACAAACACACAAACACACACACACACACACACGUAUAUAUAUAUAUAUAUAUAUAGUGUUUCUUUUUCUUUUUUUUUCAGAAACUCUAUGGUGUUGAUAAAAGUGCUCAACAAAUGAGGAGCGGAAUAUUAAUUAUUAAUUAAUUAUGAAUAUUUUCCUACAGCUAUGAACUAAACAGUUUCUGUUGAUGACUGCGCUUCGGGAAGAUGACAGUGAUUCUUUGGUACUUUGUAUUUUUACUUGAAGCCAUUCUUAAUAAAAAUGAAUGUCUUU